UGCUGGUCGGCUUCCUCCUUGUGUUGCUACGGCGAUGCUCUGGGACAUUCAGUGGGAUCAUUUUGUCACUGCAGUGUCGGCGCACAGAGCUGGCACUGCGCUCCGAGAUCUCUGUGAGACGUGUUUUGUUGUUUUUGUGCUCCCUGUUUUGUCUCCUCCCGAAUUCUCGUGACCUUUAACCCCUCCACUUCCCUUACCAAUCAGUCCGAAAUCAGCGAUUUGGACUGGCCGGGCUCGUCAGGUGACAUCUCCGAAAGUUGGAUGAAGUUUCGCUGAACUGAAGGCUGCGAUCAGUGUUGAUGUUUUCACGACUCUGUCGGACUGAGAGACGUCCGGACACUUCACAGAGACUGAACUCUGCUCGGUGAGCUCUGCCACAAACCGAGAUGAACGAGGACGCGGAGGAGGCGCAGCUGCCUGAGAAGUUGCUGGAGGCUGAGGAGCAGGAGUUGCAGCAACAGGAGGGAGAACAUGAGAUGGAAGAAGAAGUGAAGGACCAGGAGGGAGAGGGAGAGAAGGAGCAGGAGGAGGUCCAUCCGCUGGAGGAAGACCUGGAGGAAGAGAAAGUGCAGCAACAGGAUGGAGAUACUGAAGAUGUGUAUGGGCAGGAGGAAGAGCUAGAACAAGAGGAGGUUGCAGCGCAUGAGUGGGAAAUACAAGAGAAGGUGGAGGAGGUUCUGAAGCAGCAGGAGGACGGGCUGUCUGAGCAAAUGCUAAAGCCAGAAGGGGAACAGGGGCAUCAAGAGGAGCAGGUACAGGAAGAAGAGCAGGAGAAGGAGGAGGAGGUAGAGAUCAAAGAGGUGCAGGAAAGUGAGCUACAGCACCUUGAAAAGGAGGAGGAGGAAGAGACUGAGGAGAUGCAACAAGAAAAGGAGGUGCAGCAAAGUGAGGUGUUACAACAAAAGGAGGAGGAGGUAAAGCAGACUGAGGAGCUGCAGCAACAGCAGCAACCUCGAGAGCAGGAGGAGGAGGAGGAGCAGGAGGAGGUGCAGCGUGAGGAGAUGUCACGGACUGAGGAAGAGCAGAAGGAGCAACAGCAGUCUGAAGAGGUGCAGGACUUUGGGGACGCUCUGGAGCAGAAUCACAACAACCAGGUCCUGAUCCGGCUCAGAGGAAUGCAGAAAUAUAAAAGUACAUCGCAAAGGCUGAAGGUGGUCUUGGAGCAGAUGGACCGGGGUAUGGUGGACCUGCAGGAACUCCGGCGGCACUUGGAGCUUGCAGCUGCCAUGCUGGAUGCUGUUUACACCGAUGAGACCAGGCGCCUGCUGGACACUGAAGAUGAGCUCAGUGACUUGCAGGCGGAGUCGGUGCCAAGCGAGGUGCGUGACUGGCUGGCGUGCACCUUCAGCAGGAAGAUGGGUGUGGCCAAGCGUCGCCCUGAAGAGAAGCCAAGAUUCAGGAGCAUUGUUCAUGCAGUGCAGGCUGGGAUAUUUGUAGAGAGGAUGUACAGACGGACGUCCAACAUGGCUGGUCUGACCUAUCCUCCCACAGCUUUGACAGCUCUGAAGGAGGUGGAUCAGUGGUCCUUUGAUGUCUUUGCCUUCCAUGAGGCCACAGGAGAGCACGCCCUCAAGUUCCUAGUCUACGACCUUCUGACCCGCUAUGACCUCAUCAACAGGUUCAGGAUUCCUGUUCAGGCUCUGGUGCAGUUUGUUGAAGCGCUUGAGAACGGUUACAGCAAACACAAGAACCCCUACCACAACCUUAUUCAUGCCGCUGAUGUCACUCAGACUGCCCACUUUCUGAUGCUACACACUGGACUGAUGCACUGGCUGAGCGAGUUGGAAAUUCUUGCAAUGGUUUUUGCCGCAGCAAUUCACGACUUUGAACACACAGGAACCACCAACAACUUCCACAUCCACACCAGGUCGGAAGUGGCCAUUCUGUACAAUGACAGGUCAGUGCUGGAGAACUAUCAUGUCAGCGCUGCCUACAGGCUGAUGGCUGAAGAAGACAUGAAUAUCCUGGUCAACCUGAACAAAGAUGACUGGAGGGAGCUGAGGUCUCUGGUGAUAGAGAUGGUGAUGUCAACAGACAUGUCCUGUCAUUUCCAGCAGAUCAAGACCAUGAGGAAUGCCCUAACACAGACACACAGUAUAGACAAAGUGAAGGUUUUGUCUCUGAUGCUUCAUGCUGCAGACAUCAGCCAUCCAGCCAAAGCAUGGCCACUGCACUACCGCUGGACUCACAGUCUGAUGGAGGAAUUUUUUAGACAGGGAGAUAAAGAGGUUGAACUUGGGCUCCCGUUUUCUCCUCUCUGUGACCGUAAAGCUACGAUGAUUGCCCAGUCUCAGAUAGGUUUCAUAGACUUCAUUGUGGAGCCAACCUUCAGUGUACUGAUUGACACGACAGAGAAGGUGAUUGGUCCUCUAAUAGAAGAGGACAGGAAGGCCAGAGAGACUGGAAACAGGAGAUCCAGUCUAACAGGAAGCGGUUCAGUUACCGUGGAGUCAGUGCAGAGACACAGUAGUGUUCGCCAUGGGAACAGUGAUGAUGGACAGAUGGACUUUUCCCUGACAGCCAUUGAUCUGAUGGCACUGAAGCUGCACCUCUCUGGUGUCAUUACCAGCAACAAGGACAGAUGGAAAGAACUAUCUGUGCACGAGCUAGCCAGCAAGGCGCAAGAAGAAGAAGAAAGUGUGGACCUCCAAUCACAUGCCUCAACCAGCCAUCGUACUCCUGAUGGUCCCACUGCCGAUCAGCCACAGAACUCUGACUGCUCACCUCCUGGUGAAUCUCAUGACAAGUCACCAGACCAAAUGUUGAAUGGGGAGGCCCCAGAGGAGGAGAAAGAGGAAGAUGAAGUGCCUGAAAACGCCUGACUGCCCUCUGCCAAAUGUACCACUGUAUUUGACUGUGGCAGACGACUCUGGCAACAGGGCGUUGCCGUGCAGAGUUCACACUCUCUGUUUAAACACAGCAGCUGACUAAGUGGUCCUUCAGUGACUUUGAAAAGGGCCACUAGACCUUUGUUUUUUUGGGGGUUUUCUUUUUUACAACUGACCAUGAAAAUAUCACAUUCAGAGUGAAAAGAUUCAUUAGAUAACAGCUUCUUAGCAGCUUCAUGGCCCAUUAACAGUGGUGAAAAUGUGUUGUGAUUUUAUUAGAGAUUCAGAGGAAUGCUGUCUGUGAAAUAGAUGUCAUCAUUUAAAUAAAAACAGAGGCAGGUAGGUCAAAACCAAAGAGUGUGGAGCGGCUUAAAAACCCUAUUCAGGGAGAUGGGAGACUGAAUGUCUGUUAGGAAUAAUAAUUAACUGAGCUGUUAAGAAGCAGUUGUCAAGGUUUUGUUAAUGCAGCUGAGCACAACAACAGGUGUGAUGUUUUAAACUUAUAAUAUGAGCGUGAAAAGUGAUUGCUGCUCUGUUCUUUGUUCCUACUCCUUUUUAUCUCACACCUCUACCCAUGAUGUCAAACAAAAACAUGUUGGAUGAUGUUGCAGCAGUUGUUUAUCGUACCGCCUAAGUAGCAAGCUAAAUGGGGCCAAUUGAAUAUUGGCAUAAUUGACUAUGUUGAGAUCAUUAAUACCAUACAGAAUUAUUUCUUCUGGCAUGCACGACUUAGGCUAUUUUUGGGGGCUAAACCAUACCUGGCCAUUACUAACGCUUUUGGGGCAAAAAUGUUAGCAGUUAUUCAGUAAACUGGAACCUCUAACUUUUGGUCUUGCACUAGCAUCGGCCGAGAAACAUUCCAAAAUGUGUGCCAGGUGGUUGAUGCCCAGUACCCCUCUGCAAGUUGUGCUUAGUGCUAAUUAGCAAAUGUUAGAGAGCGAAACUAAGAUAAACCACAAAUGCCAUAAACCUUAAGCAUUACACAAACAAAACUUAUGUAUAUUACCACUAUCACUGAGAGCAUAUUAGCAUUCUGAUAGCAUAGCUGAUGGCUAUUAGAGAAGCUGUAGACUAUCAGGUGUGUAAAAUAUCCCAGCACUUUGUACAGAAGACAUUACAAAUGUUACAUUGUAGAAAGUGAUGUACAAGUUAUGAAAUUUUUCAGUUUAUUUGCAAAGGAAAAAUCCAUGGACCUACUUGCAUUGGUCAAUUUACAGUGCUAACAAGUUAGCAAUAUAUACCAAGUGGAGGUCUCCUGUAUGCAGUCUUUUAAUGUAACAUAAAAGGAGGCAACUACAGACCUGGAUAUAGUGAAUAUUUGCAGUCCUGGUUACAUUGUAAUAUUUGUCCUAAAUACUAACAUGCGACAGAGACGGGAAGUGUUGUCAGUCACGAUGCUUUUUAAAUGCACAAUAUAAAUAUUUAAUCUCAAAUGUCAGUUAUUUAUGUUUUGUCAAGCUCAGUUUGGUUAUAAAAAUCAUACCACUAGCUUAAUUAGCUUAGUGUUAAAUGUAGCUAAGCAAAAAAACAUAUAGCCAUUGUGUAGAAGGACAGAGUCUGGAUGUUAUUCACAGCUUGUUUACACCAUCAGUGGUGUAUUUGAUUCAAGAGCAUUUUAUUGAAACCGAAUCACUCUUUCAAUUCAUUUUCUUAUCAAAUCUCAAUUACAACGUGAUGAAUAUUAUGAUAUAAUAGUCAUUAACCCCGUCCUGACUAUUUCUGCUGCUGUCUAACAUGCCUCCUUAAAGUAAUACAAAUUAAAUUAAACUUUGUAUUAUAUGCAUAACUAAUGUUUGCGUGCACAAUGUAGUGAACAUUACCUGCAGGUGACCUAGCUGCUGCUCUGCUGCAGUUCACAGAUCUCACAGAUCACAGAAUAUGGUUUGACAGCUGUCAUGAGCUGCUGCUCAACACUCAAAUAAUCUAAAAUAUCACGUUCUUGCUUUCACAUUUGACAGUAUACAUUUCAACAAAUUCUAGUUUAACAUUAAACAAUAUGCUAUUAAUACACUACAUGGAAACAGCAUGUAAUUUAUUAUUUCUUUUCCACUUUUGACAUGAGGCUGAUAUUGAAUUUGCUUAUUUAAUUAGUAUCUUUUUAAAUGUUUACUGGUUAGGUAGAAGGUGAAGGGGGGAGCUGUACUUAAGAAAGCUAAUAGAAAGGAUUAGCUCCAAGGCAAGAGGCUUGGUAACUAAAGAUUAACAAAGAUUUAAUGAGGGAUUUGCUGGCUGCUGAGCCUAACCAAGUAUUUUGCAAUCUCCAAAAAAGACAUCAGAGCUCAUCUGUAGGAUCAAAUCAGAGUCAGUUCUGUGUUACAACUGAUUGUAAUAAACGAUUGAUCCCAAACCUGUAUCUGAGCCCUGACUGAAGAGUCUGUUUCACUUGAAAAAUGUUACAUAUGGGAGCUAAAAAGCUAUGACUGCCAUUCAGCUGGCUUUACCUUUUCCAUGGCUAAUAGCAGUAAAAAUCAAAACAAAACACAGUGGCAGUUUGAAUGCACAGAGAGCAGAGCAGCAGCAGUGAAUCGGUGUGAAUUUCUUUACAUGUUUACAUGUGACCUUUUUUUUAAAAAACAAAAACAAAACAUGGGCCAUCUUAUCGUAUUCUGGGCCAAUAUACCCAUAGGAUAGCAUUACACUGUACUCUCCAUCAUUGUAGAGAUUGUGGAGAUAAGCACUCUAAUGGAAAAUGACAAUGAACACUGAGUCCAAGGAAGUGUGAUCAUGAGUAAAUAAAUAAGAUUUACCUUUAAAUCGACAGGAGCCCAGAGUUCAGGCAGCUCUUGUUGUUCCUGUGCUGGGCCCCUGUCGCUCCACCUGGCUGUGAAUAAAGAAAAGUGCCAUAGAAUCAACAUGGUGACAAGAGAAACACCAGUUUCUAUAGCAAUGGACAAUGAGUCAAAGGCCAGAGCCAAAAUGGCCGAAAGUCAAAGCUCUUUAGAUUCUGUGAGCACUGUGUUUGUUAAUGCAAUGUGUGCUAUAGUUAUUGUGUGCUCUUUGACUGUGUGUGUGGGUGAGAUUUUGAGUUUGUGUGAGAGAAAGUGUGAG